GCAGGCUAUCCGACUAAAAAGUCGGCGAUUGAUGAAGACUCGUUACAUCACGGGUGUGUUGAUGACAUCCACGUAAUUUGUUUGAUUUGUUGCGACCAAGCAUAGGCCCCUAUUUAAAAUCUGGACCGGAGUGUGAGUUGUACUAUUGGCAAUGAGUGACUCAGACCGGCCUCCCCCAGUGGAGGCCAGACUUCCCGGGCUGAGGCCAGAGCCAGAGGGUGGACCAGCUGUCAACCCAGAGCACUUACGAGCGUUGAGUGAAAUGGGCAUACCAGAAGCUAUGGCCGAAAAGGCACUUCUGUUGACCGGUGGCCAAUCGUUGGAGGCAGCAGCUGCCUGGUACUUUGACGGUGGUGACGAAAAUGUGAGUGUCACCACAGACUCGUACAUGGAUGACGGGUCUGAAGAGCAAAUGCUACAAGCAGUACAAAGAGUGGGCGCGGACCUGUUUAUGACAGGACAGCCGAUGUAUGAAACAAGGCCUGGUGAGCAGAAUUUGGUUCCAUGUUCUGGUACACUUGGAGGCUCGGACAGAAUAAAGAUGGUGUUUGUUGUCAAUGAAGAACUAAAAAUGGGCAAAGGCAAGAUAGCUGCACAGGUUGCCCACUCGUGCCUAGGCCUGUACCGGACACUACUGCAAGACAGAGCCAGGCAUGAACACUGCUUGGUACGGUGGGAAACACAGGGGGAGACAAAAAUAGUACUGUGUGGAUCGAAUGCAGAACAUCUCUUAGAUUUACAGAAGAGGGCAUCAUUUGCAUCACUGCCUUCUCAUUUGACACAAGAUGCAGGGAGAACACAGGUACCUGCUGAAUCCUUCACUGUUCUGUCCAUCUUUGGAGAAGCAAAACAGGUGGAUCAAAUCACGGGAGCCCUCAGUCUACUCUGACGGAUAUCGAAUCGGUAGGAAGACUUUGUGCAAUGCAGUUAUGAAGAAUGUUCUGAUGAGUACGGCAAACUGUUCUUGCUGUACAAUAGACAUCGUGCAAGUCUCUGUUGCAGAGCAAGGAUUGUGUUCCUUGGACUGCCACUAACAUUGCCAACAACGUCCGAUAGGGUCUGCAUUACACCUUACGCUAGUAGUUCGUAAGGACACUACUGAAUGCAACUUAAUCCAGCAGCUGCUGAAGUGUUAAGCCUGCUCAGUCACACAGGAUCCAACAUUAAAAAAACCAAAUAUGUUUUGUUCACUGCUCAGAUUAACAGAAUACAUCCGAACUGGUUUUGGAUUUAUCUUGUUGAGUUGAGUAGGAUUAGUUUCAAGGACGUACAAGGACCUCAUGUCUUUUACAUGUCAGGCAACUUUUUCUCGGAUCAGCUGAGUUCCUCUUUUUUUACUUCCCGUGCCAUUAAAAAUAGAAAAACAAUGUACAAAGUCGUGGAAAGAUUUGAAAUUCCUCUUUUUUGGCGACUUCCCAGUUCCAUGCCUGUUCUGUACAUGUAAAACUUUCGAAACGAUCAUUCCAAAAAUGAUCAGAAAGACAAACAGUACGCUGACCCAGUGAUCAAUGCCUUUACAAGUCAACCUUUAGAAAAAAACUAGAAUGCUAGAGUGGAAUCCGGCUACCAGAAUUAGAAGCUUUUACUGCAGUGGUGUCACUCACGUACAUGCUGCAAGCGUUCUUAAAGACAAGUCGCACCUGUAUUUUGGUAUUCCUAUCGGUCGAAGGAGCCCGGAGUGCGGGUGUACUUCCUGAGCACGGCUCGCUCGAGCCUGCCGCCGGAUUUGUCUAUAGUAUAUGAAAGCCUUAUGUUCAUAUAAUGCAUUUAUCUUUUAAGAACCUGCUUAAGAGAGCAUCCCAGUAAAACAAGCGAAAUAUCCCAAAGGGAUAACAAAGCAAGUUUUUACAAAACCAAAACCCACCAUAAUGCAAGAAGAAAGUAUACACGGAAUGAAAACAAAGUGACAUAUAAACAGGACCAUGUGAUCUUUCACACUAAAAGUGGUGAUAAACAUGGCCAACGGCAUCAUGCUGCAGUAAAUUACUAUACGUGUACAUACAUUUGCACCAGCUUAAAAAGGCUUGGAGGGGCCAUUCUGUUUAGUUGGGGAAGCAUUUGAAUCAUGUCAUGAGGUUCAUGAGGGAUGAUGCAGCUUAGUGUUACUUUCCAAAACCAAUGAGGUGCCUCAGCACCGGUUACAAUUCAAUAGUUUGUAUAAUUGGCUGAGUUAAUUGUAAUUUCUUAGUUCAUUUUUUAAAGUACUAUACAUGUAUACAUAUUUACGAGUCAGUUUCCCUUUGUGGUUCAUAUGGCGAUUUUUAUUACAAGAAUCCAUCCUUUCAGGGUGGUUCUUGUUUGCUAUUUCCCAGGUCUGCAGCAUUGCUAAUGUUGCUAGCAUCUUGACUUUGGGCGUGACCCCUGGCUACAUGGCAUUUACGGGUUUAUGGCUUUUGACUAGCCCCAGUUGCCUGCUAGUCUUGUAUACAUGUAUAAUAGGCAAACGUCCUCCACAAGUGGAACUUAUUUAUUUAUUGAAAAUGACAAUGGUGUCCUUAAUAUCAAUAUGGGCAUGUUGUUCUAGCCAUCCCAAAUUCUUGUCACCCACCUGCCCCGACUACGCCUAAGUGUCUGCUGGUAACGAGCACUGAUUUGUCAAGUUUGUCAAACCCAUUUGGAGACGGCAGUUUCUUAUAUUAAGGAAUAAUGUGCGAAUAGGGCUAGUGCCAUGAUUUCAUUUGGUAAAGUUACCAAAGGGGUUCUGGUCGCGUCGAUGCUCUGAAUGAGGUUAACUAGUUUAAUUGAUGCCCGUUUAUAUUUUGAUAUGCUGGCCGGGGGCUCAGACUUUUUUUUAACAAAAGGGUACCGACUGUGAGAUGGUAAUAGCGCCCUCUGUCAAAGGCUGGCACAUCUGUUCACAUGCCGCCACUGUAUACUGAAAUUUGAUUGAGAUCUUUUGAAUAUAUUCUUUUUUUAACUUGGUAAUGAAUUUUGCCUGAUUGUAGUGAAAAUUUGUGGGUUUUUUCUCACUGGGACUGUUCUCAUGUCCUGUUAAUUGUAAUAAAAACAAA